CAAGCCGGAAGCGGCUUUCCGCUGAGAACCUGGGGGCGCGGUUUUGGAAAUGAGGUCCGAAGGCUGAAUGCGGCUCGAGCGAAGCCCAUCUAUCUUCCAGGCCUGUUCACAAUGGAUUAGCUUGUCACUUUUUUUUCUUUUAUUCUUUUGCCCCACCCCCCCGUGUAUUUUCUGCGACGUGAGAGACCUGGCCUCAGGGUAAUUUCCGCGAACGUCCCUAAGGGAGGACCAAGGAUGGGUGUCUUGGAGGCGAGGCCGCGGCUCUAACUGGCUACGCUGGGGAAGCGCGGAGGUACCCCCGCAGUCCCGAAUGGGUCUUGGAAAGAGCGGCGCGAUUUUCCUGGCCGGCUGGUGGUCCCGGCACGUGUGGGUGGUUACUUGUCACGACGCUGCUCACUGUUAAUUCGGAAAGAGAAAAAAAAAAAAAAAAAAACAGCAAAAAUCACCGUUUUCCAGCACUUUUCUUGGAGGAGAACAAAGCAAUAGGGAAAGAUGUCUGUUUUCCCUAAAAUAUCCUUGAGACUUGAGGUUGAAAAGUAUCUUAAAGAAGGUUUUCUGAAUAAGGAGGUUAUAUCUGCUUUUGGUAAACAAGAAGCAGAAAGGAAAUUUGAAGCUCUGUUAAAUCACUUAUCGCAUCCUCCAUCAUUCACAACUGUCAGAGUAAAUACACAUCUAGCCUCAGUGCAACAGGUGAAAGAUCUGUUGUUUCAUGAACUUCAGAAGCAGUUUAACGGAUUAAGUGUUCCUAUUCUUCAACAUCCAGACCUUCAGGAUGUCUUGCUCAUUCCUGUUAUUGGACCCAGGAAGAAUAUAAAAAGGCAACGUUGUGAAGCAAUUGUUGGAGCACAGUGUGGCAAUGCAGUACUAAGAGGAGCCCAUGUCUAUGUUCCCGGAAUUGUGUCAACUUCAAAAUUUAUGAAAGCUGGAGAUGUUACUUCUGUAUACUCUGAUAUUAAAGGCAAAUGUAAGAAAGGAGCCAAAGAAUUUGAUGGAACAAAAGUAUUUCUUGGAAAUGGGAUUUCUGAACUAAGCCGCAAAGAAAUCUUCAGUGGGGUACCUGAACUGAAAGGUAGAGGCAUACGAAUGACAGAACCCGUAUAUCUCAGCCCCUCAUUUGACAACGUACUGCCCCGCUACUUAUUUUUACAGAAUUUGCCAUCUGCUGUAGUAACUCAUGUUCUGGAUCCUCAACCUGGAGAAAAGAUUCUAGAUUUGUGUGCAGCACCUGGAGGCAAAACAACACACAUUGCAGCAUUAAUGCGGGAUCAGGGAGAAGUAAUAGCACUGGAUAAAAUAUCCAACAAAGUGGAAAAAAUAAAACAGAAUGCUUUAUUGUUAGGGCUGAAUUCCAUCAAGGCAUUUUGCUUCGAUGGAACAAAGGCUCUUAAAUUCGAUAUGGUUGAAAAAGCUGAAGGAAACCCUCCAUUCUUACCAGAAUCCUUUGACCGAAUUCUUCUUGAUGCACCAUGCAGUGGAAUGGGACAGAGACCAAACAUGGCUUGUUCUUGGACUUUAAAAGAAGUGACAUCAUAUCAACCAUUACAGAGAAAACUCUUCACUGUGGCAGUUCAACUGCUGAAGCCGGGGGGCGUGCUGGUUUAUAGCACAUGCACGAUCACGCUGGCAGAAAAUGAAGAACAGGUUGCAUGGGCCCUCAGAACAUUUCCUUGCCUUCAGCUUCAGCCCCAGGACCCACAGAUUGGAGGAGAAGGAAUGAUGGGUGCUGGCCUUUCAUUUGAACAGCUGAAACAGCUGCAGCGGUUUGAUCCAUCCGUUGUGCCAUCAUGGGACACCGACAUUGAUUCUCUCAGAGAUGCCAGAAUAGAAGACAUGAUUGGGCUGGCAAAUAAGGAUUGUAUAGGGUUUUUUAUUGCAAAAUUCAUAAAAUGCAAAAGCACAUAGGAGGAUCUCCUUAGAAAUCAAAAUGUCAAACAUUCUCUGUAUAGUUUUCUUUUUUUUUUUUUUCCACCCCCAAAAAAAGGGUCAGGCUGGGUGAUUGAUGGCAUAGUUGCUAAGGAAACAGAAAAGGCUGCCAGUGGUUGUACCAGGGAUCAAUGAUCAAGAGACUACUUCAUGGAGGAUAUAGCAGUUGGGGGUGGUAUGAGAUUAUACUUUGUGUUUUUUAAAUAAUUUUUUUCUUAAGGAUUUAGCAUAGUAUAAAGAAAAGGAGAUGCCUACAGAUAUUUGGAGCAUAUUUUCAUUUGGGGUUGUGUGUUUUAAUGUGUAAAGAAUACAAGUCCUUCUUAAUGGUAAAAUUUGUGAUUGUGACAAAAGGAAUAAAAUGAGCAAUAUUUAAUUUGGUAAAAAA